AGGAGGCGGCUCCGCACAGCUCGGCCGCAGCUGUCCCAAGCUCCAGCUCCAGCUCCAGCCUCUGCCCGCGCCGCCCGCCGCCUGCCCAGCAUGGACGUGAAGGCUCUGGCGCUGGUGACUUUGAUCCUGGCGGCUGUCUCCGUCUCCGACGAGAAACCUGUCAGCCUGACUUACCGAUGUCCCUGUCGAUUCUACGAGAGCAACGUGGCCAGAGCCAACAUUAAGCACCUCAAAAUCCUGAGCACACCCAACUGUUCGCUUCAGAUUGUUGCAAGGCUGAAGAACACUGGCAAACAAGUGUGCGUUGAUCCCAAGUUAAAGUGGAUUCAGGAAUAUCUGGAGAAAGCUUUAAACAAGAGGUUCAAGAUGUAAGAGGCAAGCAUUGUAAGCCGUCUGCAGGAUUUCUUACUGUAGGACCAGAGAACAGAUAACCAGUAUUAGGGAAUGAAUACAUUUCACUGUUAUCAUGCAGCACAAAGGCAAGGCUCCAUGCAUUUCCAAAGGCGCUUUUUUUGCACAAAUUGGCUUGCUUUCCCAGUACUAUUUUAUGUAGUAAGAUAUGUUUGUUUUUAAGAAAAAACUUUUUAUACAGUUUUGUUUAUCAUAAAGCACUGGUGGCAAAUAUGAAUUUAGACUAACCCUACAUGACUGUUUCUGUCUUUGAUAAUAGAGGCCCUGCACUAAUUAGCAGUCACUUCUGGUUCAUGCCGACUUCCAGGAGAUUUUACCUAGCAGGUCAUGAGGUGUGAAGUGCACUUAGAUUAUAUAAGUAUACUGCAGGAAUCAGAGCCACAAGAAGUCAUUUCAGCCAAGACCACAGGAAGAUUCUUAAGUGGACUGGACAUGUGUAUGAAAAGCAUCCAGGCUUAUAUUGAUGACCACCAUUUUGGAAGGUGUUAAGCCUUAUGCUUAAGUUUCUGCACUACAGUCUUUCUCUAAUGUUAGAGAUCAGGAUGAACCCCACGUGGGAGUAGAUUUGUUCUUUUAUGUCUUACAACCUUCUACUGAAGUGGCUGAUGCUGAUCCCUGCCAGAGACAGAACACAAGUCUGAUCUAGUCUGACUGUUCCUAUGUUCCCAAUGACUUAACAUAAAAAGAAAUGGGCUUUCCUGUUUCCGUAUGCCAAACUGUUUUCCAGGCCUACAUUAGAGAAAAGGGUACAGGAGAGGAACAUUAUUGCCUAUAUUUGCACAGCAGAGAUGGGUUUCUUCUAAGUGCACAUUCAGUCAAGCAUUCACUGUUCACAGGUGGGGAGAUGCCUGUUUGCUGAUGGUAUGAUCUAGUAUCUAGAGCCACGGUUCCCUAACUGUGAGUCAUGACUCCAAAUGGGGUCACAACAUCAGCAGAUGGGAUUGCAGGGGUAGGGGACUGUGGGUUGGGAGUGAGGGGUCAUGCUGAGGAAAUGGGGCCAUAAAUGGGGUCAUGCUGAGGAAAAGUUUGGAAACACUGAUCUAGAGCUCCAUUUGCACAAGGGCAUCACGCAGGGCAGAGAAACACCACCUCUUGCAACCCCUAUGAAGCCUGUUAUUUCUUCCCUGAUUUGCACCUCUAUAACCAUUUACAAAAGUGUAUAAAAUAUAAAGCAUAAGGAAAUAGCAUCUCAGAGGCCCUGCAAUCUUUUGAUUACACUGCACAUUGAGGAAUGGGGAAAGCACGUCUUGUGAAUGCAGUGUUUAGCAAAAUACUUGUAUGUGUGCGUGCUGUAAAAAAUGUCCAAUGUUGCUUCUAUGUAUUGAGGCAGAUUUCUUCAGAAGGAAUGUACUACACAUGCAGCCUAUAUUCUGUGCAAGGGCAAGAGUUGUUUUGCUUUGCAGUCCUCUGUUGCAAGUAACUUCAGUGCCAAAGAGAGUCUGUCCAAUUCCAGACUGCUUUAUUUUCUACUUCAGUCAACAUGGCCAGUUAAGUAUUGUUUUUCCUGAAAAAAGAUGUUGCUUCUGUUAUGGCCAUGUCAUCCUAUUGGCUUUUAAGCAGAAAUUAAUUAGAAGCUCUGCCCAAAAAUUAAGAACAUGAUUAUCACCCCUGCUCCACCCCUUUUUGUCUUGUGCACCAUUAAAUAACAUGAUCCUGUUAUUUGUGGAAAGGCAGGAAGAACUCAUGGGACCAAGAUAUUCAUUAAAUAACUCAUUUUCCGUGUUGCUUAUUUUAUCUCAGGUCCAGAUGCUUUCUUUGUACAGGCAUCUGUAAUUGUCGUUGACUUGCCUGGAAAUGAAUGCAACAGUUUCAGAGGCAAGAAUUACUCUGGGGAGGGUGUAUAGGAAUGCUUGUUUUAGCACACAAUUUUAAUCUGUCUUGCUCACAAGCUGGAAAGUGGACUCCUCACACACUCCUUCUAAACCUUUAUUGGGGUCCAUUUAGAAUGAAAUAGGCUUUUGAGUCAGAACUAGAAACCUAUGUUAUAAAUUUCAGGAGUGGCUAAGGUGGUUUGGGAUUAAGAGAUGAUAUUAAAAUCACCAGUGUUCCUUUAAAAGGGAUCCUCAUGGAAGGCAAAACAGCAGUUCUGCUUCUUUAAACAGCUCACAGUGUGAGGAGCCUUGUGACAUAACAUAAGACAGAGAACACUGAGUUUAACUCUUAACCAUGCUGCCUCCCUCCUUAAACCAUGUUAGCUUUGCACUAAACAUAACAUGUAUUUCUUGUGUGGUGCUUAAGGCCCUGAUUCUGCAACUGGAACUAGAGGUACAAAUAAAUGACUGCCUGAAGCCCCACUUGGGAAAGCGGUGGUUGGGGGGCAGGUAUGGAGGAGGGGAAGGUUAUCUUUCUGCACCAGAUCCACCUGCAGGAUGAGGGCUGAAGGCAUUACAACUCAUCUCUUAUGCUCAUUGUGGGCUGGACUGGGCAGUGCACUCAGAACCUGUGGUGGUGGCUGGUUGUGAUCUCCCCUGGGGACCCUGGUAAAAGUGCUGAAAUGGUGCCAUUGCCUGGAUUUUCCUGAAUAUCCCAGCCAAAUCCUCCUUUGGGGCACCCCUACAAGGAACAGUGUUUGCUAUGGUCUGGGUCACCCUCAGAGUUUCAGCUACUGGAAUGACUAGGCAAGACUAGUGCAGGUCACACUGGUAGAAGGACAUGCCUCACUUGGAGCAGUCUCCACAUUAGAUAAGGAAGCAGAUGUUUGGCAGGGGAAAACAGUAACAGUCCACAGCCAGAGAUUCACUGGGGUAUCUUGCAGGUCAUUUCUUCCUUGACUAUUGAAUAUCUGCCUGCACUAUUACUUGACUGUCUUUCAGUAUGGACCAGAUCCUGCAGCACUUACUUUUGCAAAUCCUUGUUACUUGCAUAACUAAUGCUGUUGAAAUGAAUGGGGAUAUUCACAGGUGGCCUGGUUCCCUCCACCCUUGCCCUACAGUAAGAGUUGACUGAGCCAGUAUCUCUGCUGACCUGAAUGCAGAGUGGAUAUGGUGCAGAGUUGUUGGUUGUAGGCUUGUUGGUCUAAGGACAUAGGCAGGCAAGGUUCUUUGAGUAGAUGUGAUAUCUUUUAUGUAGUUGGUCUAAUAAAAGAUACCACAUCUACCCAAAGAACCCUGCCUGCUUGAGUGGAUACGGUGGAGCUGAUUGUCUUCUUAGUAACUUAGGAGUUUGGAAUGUCAGGUGUAGAGCUGGGGCCUCACUAUAGACCAACAUUUAAUCUCUGCCAGUACCUAUCUGAACAGAGGACUUUGUUGUUUGCCUACUUCUAUCUGCAUCAGGAACAUUGAUCAGGAAUCAAGUGACAGAGACACUAUUUACACUAGAAAAAUAAUUGCCAUACAAUGUAAAGCUUCUUGCACUAUUAUUUAAAUUGUGCUUCAUUUCGUAGUCCUUUAAGACUGAAGUUGAUGACCGGGGGGAGGGGGGAGUCCAUCCCAUGUGUGUGUUUCUGUGUUCCCAUGUCUUGUUUCAAUCUUAGCAAGAUAUAACACAACAGUUACAUGAACCCAGUCCACAAAGAAGGAUUUGUGGUAUGCUUUGCUUUAUACAUUUAACAGGUGACCGACAAGAAAUUCAGGGAAAGGAAACAGUAGAAUACAAGAUUAAGGCAGUGGCCAUACUUCAAUGUGAAGAGGAAGGGAACCAAACAUUGAAAUGACACAAAAAGUGCAUUUUCUGUAGAUGUGAAAUCCUCACACGUGGAUAUUUUAAAUUACAGCCAUAGGCUUCCGUAUAAAAAAAAAUAAGAAGGAAAGAAAAUAUGGUCUUUAUCACUGUACCAAAAGCCAUGUUUAUAUUCAUUUUAUAAUUGUUAUAGCUUUUGACAUUAUUUGAAUUCUGCUUGAGGAAGAAUGAAGGGUAAAUUUUCAAUAUGUUGCUAACAAGUGUGGUGUUUGAGCUUGUUGGUCUUUGGUAAUGAAGGCUGUGUUACAAGAUGAAUGUAUAUGUUUGAAUGAAGUUCUGUAUAAUUCCAUUUUGCUCUUUUGCCUUGUUGCAAACUCUAACAAUCCCUCUUCUCCAAAAUCUUUUUAUUGAUAUAUGUUAUUUACAGUAACCAGAUACUUAUGAGCACUUAUUACCAAAAUAAGCUUUUUCUUCAAACAAUCCAAUUACAUAACAACCUUGUUUGUAAGUACAAAGCUUCAAUGACACCCAAAGAAGGAGGUAUAUGUUGUCAGAAUAGAAAGGCUAUGUGUCUUCCAUUUUCUAUUCAUUGAAAACUCAGUGUUGUUGUAAUGUGGUAAAUACUGUAUUUUAUGUUUCUGUUAAAGAAAAAAAAUCUCUUCCCAGAUAAUGUGAAAAAAAGGUUUUUUCCUGAAAGGCAGCUGUAUGGAGGUGUUAUAUACAUUGUGCUUUUUAAACUAUUCCUUUCAUAUAAUAUUUUGAAGAUAAAAUUAUUUUAUAUCUAUAUAAUGUCCUUCAGUAAUAUGUAUGCAUUUAUAAUUUUCUUAAUAAAAUCUGUAUUCAAAUGAUA